GCGUGUCGCCUUGUUUGCGGACAUUGUUCUUGGUGAUGGUGGCGUCGGCCUAGUACGUAUUUUUGAGCCCAAGGUAGGACGUUUCUCCGAAAUAUUCUCAGUGAAUCGCAGCAUUGUGUAGUUUUGAGCGCUGCCGCUUAUUCCCUAGGUGUUCUCGGAGAAGGUUUAUUCCGUCGCGAGGAAAGCGGCCAGUGAAGUGGUAUGUAUACAGCGUAUGGACACAGUUAACUUUUACGCAGAGUGCUACUCUUUGCCUGGUACAGUGCACACGCUAAGGCAAAGCGCAAGCGUCGGAUUUAAAAAAAAAAUCUCAUUAGUAAGAAUCGAGCGCUGCUAGAACAAUGCCUAACAGGGAUAAUGUAGCAAACUGUGGCAGCAGUGGUAGCGGCAGCGAGGAGGCAGCAGCUGUUGUGGAACAUGUUUGCCGUGACUUUCUGCGCAAUGUAUGCAAGCGUGGCAAACGCUGCCGCUUCAAGCAUCCAGAUGCUGGCGAUGUGUCUGACCUUGGGGUUCAGAAGAAUGAGUUUGUGUUUUGCCAUGAUUUUCAAAAUAAAGAAUGUGAACGGCCGAAUUGUCGCUUUAUUCAUGGUACAAAGGAUGAUGAGGAGUACUAUAAGAAAACAGGAGAACUCCCACCUCGCUUGCGGCAUAAAGUAGCAGCUGGAUUAGGCCUGUCACCUACUGACUUGCCAAACAAGGAUGAAGUACCCAUCUGCCGUGAUUUCCUAAAGGGGGAUUGCCAGCGUGGGGACCGGUGCAAAUUCCGACACUUGCAGCGUGAAUAUGAGCACCAGUAUGAUUAUUCUUGUGAUACGAGGGGAGGGAUGAUAAAUAUUGGUCUGAGCCCAGGAAGCUUAUCUGCCCCUACAACUCGUGCCUAUGAACAUUAUGGCAGUUGUGAUGGUCUUACAGACACAGAUUAUUAUUCUUCUUGCUACCGUUAUGGGGACCGUUUUGACGAUCCAGUUAUGAAGAGAAGGCGCAUGGGAUACGAUGGAUAUUAUAGUGGUUCUCCAGUAGAGUACCGUCUCCUGGAAGAAGAGAAUGUUAUGCUCCGUAGACGUGUUGAGGACCUUAAAAAGCAAGUUUCUGUUUUGGCAGCAACCAAUGAGGUUUUACUGGAUCAAAAUGCCCAGUUUCGUAGCCAGGCCAAAGUUGUUACCCUUAGUACACUGAGUACUACAGCCCCAACUAAUGAGCAAGGUGUGAGAUCUGUCACCAACUACAACCAUGGCAUUGCCCAAACACACACCACGCUUAGCAGUCAUGCGUUGCAGCCACGAGUUGUUACUCAGCAGGAGCUUGUGGCUUCCUCUGGUGCACCUGCUUCUUCUCAAAGCAAUGCCCCUCAGCAGCUAAACCCAGAAAUAGCCCCAUUGUCUGCAGCGCUGGCGCAAACCAUUGCUCAAGGCAUGGCACCUCCUCCUGUAUCCAUGGCUCCUGUAGCUGUUUCUGUGGCUCCAGUGGCUGUUUCAAUGUCUCAGCCCCUGUCUUGUAUCACAAUGAGCCAUGCCACUACACCCAUGGUUACUUAUCCUAUAGCCUCACAGAGCAUGCGCAUAACAGCCUUGCCUCACUGAUUAGCAAAACUCACAGCUACAGUGGCUUAUAUAUGAUUCCGUGGUGUAGUCCUGCCAGUAAUAGACACACACACUUUUUUUGCCUUUCAUUCUGUAACAGGGGAACACGUAAGUGGUACACUUCCAGCACUGUCUUGCAUACCAUCAUAUGCACAAAAUUAUAUAUAUUUUAAAAGUGGAACUAUCCAAAAACCAAAAUGCAAGUUAUAAAUAGAAGCAUGAUAUUCAAUAUAAUGCCAUUACUUAAGCUUUUUCUAUUUUGAAGACCCUAUAUUCGGUUUAUUUUGUCCCCUCCACUUUCCAACUUUGCUAUUGAAUUUUGUUGAAUUUUGCUUUUCUGUAAGCACAUGAUCAUACACAUGCAACAAUGGAUUAUAUUGAGAAGUCCACAGUGCAAUUUAUAAUAAGCCUUAUUACAGUAUUUGCACUAUAUUACAGACAAGUACAGGACAGAGACGUGCAAAAAAAUGUGUUAUUUAAUCAUUCCCAUUAUUUUCUCAGUGGCAUGCCUGUCUAAUCUUUGGUGAUGUAGAACUUAGCAAGCUGCCAGUAGUAAGUGUGGAAAGUGGAGCUGUGGACACGGCAAAUAUAUUAUCUUCCGAUUUAUGAGCACAUUUUUAACUCAGCUAUUUAUACUUGGCAGUUUUGUUUUGUGAUAGUUCUGCUCUAAUUCAAUAUCUACAGAAAAGCCUGUGCUUGUCAUCUAGGGACAUCCCAUCAGUGCAUAUUUGUUUGUCCCAUACUUAUAUGAAAUUAUACAACUGGUUAAAUGUGUAACAUACAUACUAGGGAUAUUUAGUAUGUAUGCAUGAUUUUUGUUUUUUUUUCCCCUCCCUUGCCUUUUCUCUGAUAGUUUCUGCUUCAUUUGUUUAAUAUGUAUAGAAAGACAGCCAUCUUUACACAAUUAGAUAUGAUUGUUAGGAAUUUCUCUGUAGUCUGUGCUGUGCCAUUUGUAUACUGCCUCUCAAUAGUUGUAUCUUGGUAUUUCAUUUUCUCCAAAAUUUGGGAUUUGGUGGGCUGCCAUUGGCUAAUUACAGUGCAAGAACUGCUCCCUAGUUCCUCCACUAAUUUAUAUAAUAAGAAUCCGUGCUAUUGCCAGUAAGGCAGUCUAUGAAUCUUUUCACAUUGUAUGUUAAACCAUCUGCUUACCCCUUCUAAUCUUAUCCUUGUUUGUCUUGUGUAAUAAUGACUCCAGUUUGAAGAAAUUAAAUCUGUACCAGACUUUGA